CAAUCUUUUCCAACCUAUCGUCUAAGACAGGAAAUGCCUCACAGAUUCGCCAGCAGAUGUGGAAUCAUUCACUACGCCAUCAUCAAUAACCAGCUGUAUAGCCGCAGUCUGGGAAAAUACACAGACUUCAAGAUGUUCUCUGAUGAAAUGCUGCUAUCUCUUACAAGAAAGGUCAGGUUGUCUGAUGUGGAGUUUUACAUCAAUGUUGGCGACUGGCCUUUGGAGACAAGGACGGCAAAUACUGUUCCAGCCUUGUCGUGGUGCGGCUCAGUAGACACACGGGACAUUGUUCUCCACACUUACAAAGUCACACACUCCACCCUGGAGACCAUGAGAGGUGUCACCAAUGACUUGCUAUCUGUCCAGGGAAACACAGGACCGCCAUGGAUGAACAAAACCAAUCAGGCAUUUUUCCGUGGCCGGGACAGUAGAGAGGAGCGCCUUCAACUGGUCUCUCAGUCCAAGAAAAUCCCUGAGCUGUUGGACGCAGGCAUCACAGGAUGGUUCUUCUUCAGGGAAAGGGAAAAACUUGUUGGCAAAGUUCCACUUGUUGGAUUCUUUGACUUCUUCAAGUACAAGUACCAGGUGAACAUAGAUGGAACAGUGGCAGCAUAUCGAUUUCCUUACUUGAUGCUCGGGAACAGUUUGGUUCUGAAGCAGGACUCACAUUAUUAUGAAUAUUUUUACAGCCAUCUGGAAGCAGGCACUCACUACGUUCCCAUUAGGAGAAACCUGUCGGACCUUUUGGAAAAAAUCAAAUGGGCUAAAGAGAACGACGCUGAAGCACAAGAGAUCGCCAGAGUAGGUCAGACAAUGGUCCGAGAGUUGCUGCAGCCAAGCAGACUGUACUUUUACUACUACAGAGUACUGCAAAUGUACUCAGAGCGGCAAACUGGACAGAUUAAUAAAAAAAAUAAUUUCAAAGACAAGGCUGCAGGAUAUUUCUUUCAACAAAACAAUGACAUUUUUUUAAAAACGUGUUGUUAG